GGGUUUUAUUUUAGGGUUUUCUAUAUACACCAAAUAUUCAUCAACGACAGAAACUAGAAUCCUCCUCCAUCAGCAACCAUGGGUAUCUCACGUGAUUCUAUGCACAAGAGACGAUCCACCGGUGGUAAGAAGAAGGCAUGGAGGAAGAAGCGAAAGUAUGAGCUUGGAAGGCAGCCAGCCAAUACUAAGUUGUCAAGUGACAAAACAGUGAGGAGGGUUCGUGUUCGUGGUGGAAAUGUGAAGUGGCGUGCAUUGAGGCUUGAUACUGGUAACUUCUCAUGGGGUAGUGAAGCUGUGACCAGGAAGAGUCGUGUUUUGGAUGUUGUUUAUAACGCAUCAAAUAAUGAACUUGUACGAACACAGACAUUGGUGAAGGGUGCCAUUAUUCAGGUUGAUGCAGCUCCUUUUAAGCAGUGGUAUCUUCAGCACUAUGGACUUGAUAUUGGUCGCAAGAAGAAGGUUGCAGCCACUACUAAAAAGGAAGGAGAGGAAGCUGAAGCUGUCACUGAAGAGACAAAGAAGAGUGAUCAUGUAACUAGGAAAAUUGAGUCAAGGCAAAAGGAUCGCAAACUUGAUGCUCACGUUGAGGAACAGUUUACUGGGGGCCGUCUUUUGGCUGCAAUCUCCUCACGCCCUGGACAAUGUGGCCGUGCUGAUGGAUACAUAUUGGAGGGGAAAGAGCUGGAGUUCUACAUGAAGAAGAUCCAGAAGAAGAAAGGAAAGAGUGCUUAAGUUUUUUUUUAUCAUUUUUUUCCCUAAACUUUGUGAGUUCAAUUUUUUUGCCCCAUUUGAGACAUUAUUUAUCUGUCUAACUUUUUUAUGACCCAUUUG